UGCUAUACAAUAUUUGACCUGGGCUUCCGCUUCGAUGUGGCCUGGUUCCUGACGGAGACCUCACCCUUCAUGUGGUGCAACCUGGGCAUCGGCCUGGCGAUCUCCCUGUCUGUGGUGGGAGCUGCCUGGGGGAUUUACAUCACGGGCUCCAGCAUCAUCGGUGGAGGAGUCAAAGCGCCUCGGAUCAAAACCAAGAACCUGGUCAGCAUCAUUUUCUGCGAGGCUGUGGCCAUCUACGGGAUCAUCAUGGCAAUUGUCAUCAGUAACAUGGCUGAGCCUUUCUCUGCAGUCACCCCAGAGGAGAUCGGAGCGAGGAACUACCACGCGGGUUUCUCCAUGUUUGGGGCUGGCCUGACCGUGGGGUUGUGCAAUCUCUUCUGUGGCGUGUGCGUGGGCAUCGUGGGCAGCGGGGCUGCCCUGGCUGAUGCCCAGAACGCCAGCCUCUUCGUCAAGAUCCUGAUCGUGGAGAUCUUUGGCAGUGCCAUAGGGCUGUUUGGGGUCAUCGUUGCUAUCCUGCAGACAUCUAAAGUAAAAAUGGGAAACUGAGCUCUGUCCCACCCAGCCUGUUCCAGCCCGCCCCAAGAGGUGCUGUAUAUACUUAUUUAAUGUUUCUAUCCUUG